AAUUUUAAUGCGCUUUUAUCUGAUCACAGAACGAAAAGACAGAAGCUCUUAGGCGAUAUCGGCUCAACGAUUUGGCCAAGCGAAAAGAAAUAUACGAAUCAAUUUUCAAAUCAGAGAUACACGAGGCGUUGGUUUCGAGGGGGGAAAGGAGAUUUUCACACAGGGCGUUGCAGGGAGCCAUCAUGAUAACCUUUUACAGGGACGAACCACGUUUCAGUCAACCGCAUCAAAUUCUAACGUUGUUGAUGGACAUCGAUUCGCUGAUCACCAAAUGGAGAUACAACCAUAUGCUAAUGGUCCAGCGUAUGAUAGGCGCUACUCAACUGGGAACAGGAGGUUCAUCAGGAUAUCAGUAUCUCCGAUCCACAUUAAGUGAUCGAUACAAGGUAUUCGUAGAUUUAUUCAAUCUAUCAACAUUCCUCAUUCCAAGAUCUUAUAUACCCCCGCUUGAUGACAACAUGAAAAAUCAUUUAUGCUAUUGGGGACCUAUACGCAAGAAUGAACAGGAGGUUGAUGAACGAAAGACCAAUGGAGAUGCUGAGGUUCAAAAAAAUGUAAAUGGGCAAAUACGAUGAGCCACUUCGAAGUAGUUUCAUCGGGGAAUAAUCGUAGAUGGAUAGUUUAGCACCGAAUAUUGAUGAUUACAUGGAAUUUGUAUUGUUCAAAAUGGAAUAUAUAUGUAUAGUUACU